GUUGUGGUUUUCAAGGUCAUCAAAUCUAUGGGUGAUUUCAAAUACGGCUAUAAUAAUAAUGGAUAAAACUCGAUUGGAAACAUCCCUUUCAAAAUAUGAGCAACAUGACGAAAGUUUAACAUCAAUGGCUCUUACCUCCAGAAUACUAGAUAACUUAAACGUACUUAAAUGCAAACUGGACCCCGAUUUAGUUAACAAUAGUAGAUUAUAUCAUGACGAAAAAAGUGGUUUUGGUUUUAACGAAUCGAAACCUUUUGUACUCAAGUUUGUUGAGCAGAAAAAUAAAUUAUUCAGAAACCAAGCAAACCAUGAAAACAUCAAUGCUACUCCUAUCAAUACAAUAUCCCAAGGUAAAACAUCUUCUAUAAAGAAAAAAAAAUUCUUACCAAAAUUAAAUCGCACUGAACAUUUACUAGCAAUAAUUCCUAAAACUGGAACAGUCAACAAAAUCCCGAUUGAUUAUCAAGUUAACCAACAGAAUCCCAAUAAAACAACAAUUGAUCCUUCUAAUGAAUGUUAUAUUGAUCACCAAAUACAUCUUCAGUUCAAUACUAAUGAUAUCCAUGACCAAUUGAAAAUUAUACCUUACUGUAAAAGUAAACAAGUGAAAUUUGAAGCAAGUUAUCCAAACACAAAUGUAGAUAUAACAAAGAACUUAACCAAUUUAAUUCAAUUGGAUCCAAAAGAAGAGAUUGUUGUCAGGGAAUAUCAAGAUGGAGAUUUUAAAACGACUGGAAUUCAAGGACAGAAUAAAUUUGAUUAUAACUUGAUUAAAAAGAAAACAAUAAAAAAGAAUACUAUGAAAAGAAAGCAUCUAAAGUCUAUUACAGAAAAGGUACCAAUUUUAUGUCCUAAUACAACAAAGAAAUGUUGUUCAUAUGGUAUACGUGAACCAAUUGAACCUUGGUUCCCAUUAGAUUCAUUAUUAGAAGGAAAUAGUCGGAUUAACCAGAAAACAAAUUCAAAUUUACGCUUGAAUCGAUCUAAAAGUUGUGAUAUUAACAAUUUCAAAUUACCAUGGCAACCUGAAUUCAGCAACUUAUAUCAUAGUUCACCGAAUUUAAUGAAUCAACCAACUGGUGAAUUGGUUAUCAAUCAAAAUUUUUCAAGUAUAUUACAUGAAUUAACCCAACAAAGAAAGUUAAUUUUAGAUAUGGAAGAACAGACUAUUGAUAAUCUGGAAGACAAGAUAUCACCAGAAGAUUGUAAUUCCAACGAAAAGAAUAAAAUCUUUACAACAAUCCAUUCGAAUGAUGAUUGUAUUGUACAUACUACUAAGAAUCACAUGAAUGAUUUGGAAACAAUUUCUCAUACAAAAUCAAUGAAUAUAUCGAAUCACCAUGACAACAAAACUCCUCAAAAUUUAAAUAAUCCAGCUAUAACAACUACACAAUCGAUUUAUUUAAAUUUAUCUGAUAUAGAAUUAUAUAAACAAAAUCAAUUAAAAAUCAAUAAUAAUAAUUUACAAAUUGAUUGGAUUAAAACAAUCAAAAAAUUACCAGAAAAUAUUGAACCAAUUUUAGAAUAUUUUGGAUCAACUAAACAAGAUCAAUCUACGAAUAUUAAGUUAGUUACAAAUGAAAUAGAACAUCUUACAGAUGAAAUCAACAAAAAUUCAUCCACUACCAGAUUAGGCUUUGAUUUAUGUAGACGUGGUGCAUUAUAUAGAAAAAUUGGAAGAUUACAAGAUGCUAAGGCUGAUCUUCUUAAAUCUAUUCAAAUUGAAUCAAAAUUAUCAUCUGCCUAUUGGCAUAUACAUUUUAUAUUCUUGCUUGAAGGUAAAAUAAAAGAGGCAUUAUAUCAUUUGGAACAAUGUAUGAAAUGUACUAAUAUGAUUGAACCAAUACAAAACUUUACUACUACUACUUCUAAUAAUAAUAGUACUACUACUACGACGAAGACGGCGGCGGCAAUGGUGAGGAGUACUACUACUACUACGACGACGACAACGACGGCGAUGACCACGACUACUACUGACAACAGAAAUAAUAACAGUAAUAUGAAAAGUUUCAGUACUAAUCUCCAUCAGUUUCAUCAUGAUAUUCUUAAUUCAAAAGCAUUUAUUUAUUCAUUAUUAAAUGAUUCUAAAAUGGAAAUUGAAAUAUGGACAAAAUUAAUUCAUUAUAAUCCGACAUAUGAAUUAGCUUAUGAGAAAAGAGCUAAUCUUUAUCUCAAGUUAAAAAUGUAUCAUCAGGCAAAUAGUGAUUUUAUGAAAAUCCUCUGUAUAAAUCCCAAGUCAGUCUAUGCUCAAUUUCAAUGUGGUUUAUAUAAAUUUCACUCGAAGGAUUGGAGAACAGCAAUCUCUUAUUUUAAAAUGGUUCUUGUUAAUAAUCCAUCAUAUUUUGAAGCAAGAUAUUAUUUGGCUAGAUGUCUAUUAAAAUUAUCUAAUUAUAAUACAGCUUUAGCUGAAUUAACAACUUGUCUUUACUUUCAACCAUUGUAUUAUAAAGCUUUAUAUAUACGUGGUUGUCUACUGACUAAAACAUGUCCAUUACAAUCAUUACGUGAUUUAACAUUGUGUAUAUAUGUUGGUAAUCAAAAAUAUCAAACUAUGGCUUUUAUCCAACGUGGAUUAAUGUUUAAUCAGUUAAAAAGGUAUAAAAUGGCAGUACAUGAUUUUCAAGCAGCUUUGAAUAAUGGAUUUCCUCAAUCAACUGAUAUCUACCGUCUGUUAGGAUUAACCUAUAUACAAUUGAAUCUAACAACUAGAGCUAUUCAAGCGUAUACAAAUGGAAUAAAUAAAGAAACAAUACCAGAUAUAAAAUUGUUAUUAUGUAGAGCAGAAGCUUAUUAUCAAUCAAAUCAAUUUAACAAGGCAAUAUUCGAUAUACAACGUGUGAUACAUUUAAGUCCUCAUUUAGCAACUACUUAUUUAUUACUUGCAAAUUAUUUAUAUAAAUUAACAAAUGCUCAAUUGAUUCAACGUUCUAUUCAACAAUAUUUAAGUUUAGCCGAAGAAUGUGUAAUUCAUAAACAAGCUAAACAAAUGAAUUGUAAAAAACUUGAGAAAAUAGAAAUCUAUAAUCAUCUUGGUCAAUAUUAUAUGAAAAUAGGAGAUUAUAUACCAGCUAUUCAAGCUUUUACAAGUUUCAUUCAUUAUGAUCCUCAUAGACCACAUGUUUACUUAUAUCGUGCUCAAUCUACAUGUCAAUUGAUAGCUAUACACCUUCAUAAAAGAACUACCUUACCUAACGAUUUCAAUGAUAAUGUAUUAAAUGAUAUAAGUCAAGCAUUAGUUUUAAUCCAUUCUAAAACGUCUUCAGUAGAUCAAAUUCAUUUGAAUGGACCUAUGAAAUAUGUUGAUUUAAUUGAUCAAUGUUUAUUAACACGAAUUAUAUAUUUUGGUAUCAAUCAACGUUAUACAAAAGCUAUACUUAAUUGUAAUGAAGUUAUUCAUAGAAGAUCAGAAUGGACAAGAAUAUGGAUUUAUCGUGGUGUAUACAAAUAUUUAUUAAAAAAUAUGGAUUUUUGUGAAGCUGAUUUAAAUAUAUCCAUAGAAAAAGAUCAGAAAUCUUCUUUAGCUUAUUAUAAUCGUGGUUUAUGUCGUCAAACACAAGAUAAAUGGAAUGAUGCAAUUGAAGAUUAUGAUCAAGCUAUUAAAUCUGGUACUUUAAAUGGAUCAGUUCAACUUUAUAGUUUAAUUAAUAGAUCAAUCAUAUAUAUAGAAAAAUGUCAAGAUUAUCAUAAAGCUAUAAAGGAUUUAUAUCAAGCUAAAACUAUUAUGGAUAAAUUGAUGAAUUCUACAAUUCAAAAUGAAACUAACUCAGAUUUGUUUAUUAAAUUAAUGUAUACAAUUGGUAUUUGUCAUCAAAGACUUGAAAUGUAUCCUGAAGCCGAACAGAUAUUGCAUAAUUUAACAAUUCAACAACCAAAUUUUUUAAAAGGAUAUAUUGCAUAUGCUAAUUGUUUAAUGGAUUAUGAAGGUUAUAAAAUCAAAAUGAAUGAAACAAAUUCCAUAAAUCUUUGGAAUCAAGCAUUGAAUGAAUAUGAAUUCGCUUUAAAAUUAGAUAAAUACAAUUUAGAAGCAAGUAUUGGUUUAUCAAUGUGUUUACAGGUUCUAGGACGUUUAAAUGAUGCAUUAAAACAAAUUACACAUACUUUAAAUAUUUAUUAUGAUCAUCAUGAAUCUAAUUAUAAUGAAUUAACAAAUGAGAAACACAAUAAAUUACUAGCUGAUGCCUAUGAUUGUAGAGGUAUUAUAUAUUUACAACUUGGUAGAUUUCAAUAUGCUAUUGAUGAUCUUACAAAUUCAAUUCGUUUAAAUCGUUAUUCAACAAAAUAUCUAAUUAAUCGUGGUGUUGCAUAUUUUUGUAAUCAUCAACUUAUGCCUGCUAUGAUUGAUUUCAAAUAUGCUAAUCAACUUGAUUCUACCAAUAAUUUAGUUUAUUAUCAUCAAGCAUUAAUUUAUUUACAUCAUGGACAAUUUGAACAAGCUGAAAAUCGAAUCAAUCUAAUUAUAAACAUAAAACAAUCACUAUCAUUUAUCACUAAUCAAUUACAAUCAAUAUGUUUAGAUCCAAGUGUAUGGUUACUAAGAUCAAUCAUUAAAUUGAUGAAAUAUAAAUCGAAUGAUUAUUAUGAUUCUAUAUUGAAUGAAGCAUUAAAUGAUGCCUGUUAUGCGGAACAAUUAAUAGUACCGAAAUUAAUGAAUGAAUUAACUAAUUGGCCACAUUUACAUUAUACUAAAGGACAAAUAUUAUAUAAAUUAAAAGAUUAUAUAAAAGCUGAUGAAGAAUUUACAAAAGCUCUCAGUUUAUUACCAUCCAAUAAGUAUAUCUAUCAAAUACGUUGUAAAUGUCGUGAAGAAAUGUAUCGUACCGGUUUGAGUAACUCAUAUGAAAAUGCAUUAAUUGAUUAUCGUUUAUCACUUUUGGCUAAUGAUGUAACUAACCAAUAA